UUCACCACAACCUCCCUUCAGGAAGUUGUACAGCGCAAUGAGGUCUCCCCUGAGCCUCCUCUUCUCCAGAAGAAAUAGGGCAGAAUAGAGUGGGGGAUUGAAAAAGCAGGAGAGCGGCACAGCCACGGACAGGAGCUGGGAGUGAGAAACAGACCCGUGGUACAGGGCUAAAAGCAGGCACCUGCCUGUUUUGGCCAGCCUUGGCACUAGGGAGGCGCACGGCUCUCUGCCUGCAUCAGGAGCCCGGGCUGUGGCAGCGCCCAGGUGGGUAAGCAAGGUGGGCAGGAGCUCCAGCCAUACCCUUGGUGCCCAUGAGCAGAGCCCCAGACUGCCCUGUGGCUGUGUUGGGAAUGCUGUGUCAGCCUCACUGGAGGAAUCCAUUGCUGCUGAAGUUCUGCUUGCUUUGGAAACCCACUCGAAGCGAAAACAAGCUUGCUUUCAUUUCCUUCCUCAUUCUAUCCUUUGUGAGUUGGCAGGGAUGCUGGGGUUUUCCAGAGCCAUAAACUCCUGCAUGUUGUAACCUGCAGCAUUCCCCCUAGCUGCCCAGGGCCCAAAGCCACAGACACCCCCCAGGUGCCCAGCAUGGGAGGCUCCACGCCUUUCCUUGCCACUUACAGCUGCCAGAGCAGCUUUCAUUUUCGUUUUGUUCUCCAUUAGGUUUGCAGCAGCCGUGCAGCUCUGCCCUCUCCGUGCGCCGGGAGCUGGUGCCGACCCCGCGCAUAGCGGUCGCAUCCAGAGGAAGCGGAGGCUGUGGCUGUGCGUGCUUGAGUGCUGCUACGCCCACUGCCCUCGGCGCAGACAUCGCGGUGCCGAGCAUCACGGCCGCACCUCGAUGUCCCAGGAUCCGUCGACGUCGACAAGGAGCAGCCCUGCUGCCCUGCUCGUCCCCGAGCCCCGCGCGGGGCGGGCACAGCAUGCGGCAUGCGUGCUGCUGGCUGUGUGCUUCGUGGUGCUGCUCCUGACUGGGGAGCCCCUGAUGUCCAUCACCCACCGUGCCUGCGCCCAGCUGGCGGCCCUGCAGCUCGGGGUGCUGCUCAAGGGCUGCUGCUGCCUGGCAGAGGAGAUUUUCCACCUGCACUCCAGGCACCACGGCAGCCUCUGGCAGAUGCUGUGUGCCUGCUUUCCUCCACGCUGGCACCUGGCCCUGCUCCUUGUCAGCGGCUCAGCCUACCUGGACCCUCAAGAGGACGACGGGCACAGCCCCCGCCUCACCCUCGCCUGCCUGUGCCAGCUGCUGGUCCUCACCCUCGGGCUGCAGAAGCUCUCAGCGGUGGAGGUGUCAGAGCUGACUGAGAGCUCCAAGAAGAACGUUGCUCACGGCCUCGCCUGGUCCUACUACGUCGGCUACCUGAAAAUAGUUCUGCCACGCCUGAAGGAGUGCAUGGAAGAGAUCAGCAGGGCCAACCCCAUGCUGCGGGCACACCGCGACGCCUGGAAGCUCCACAUCCUGGUCCCACUGAACUGUGACAUCUGGGAUGACCUGGAGAAAGCUGACAGCAACAUCCAAUACCUGGCAGAUCUUCCUGAGACCACCCUGACCCGGGCAGGCAUCAAAAGAAGAGUCUACAGACAGAGCCUGUAUGUGAUCAGGGAUAAGGACAACAAGCCCAGGCCCUGCGUGCUGGAGUUUGCGUCCCCGCUGCAGACGCUGUUCGCCAUGGCGCAGGAUGAGUGCGCAGCCUUCGGGAGGGAGCAGCGGCUGGAGCAGGCGCGGCUGUUCUACAGGACGCUGCGGGACAUCCUGAGCAGCUCCAGGGAGUGCGCGGGCACGUACCGCCUCAUCGCCUAUGAAGAACCGGCAGAGGCCGAGAGCCACUUCUUGUCCGGGCUGAUCCUCCGGCACCUGCAGCAGCAGCAGCGCGAGGAGUACGUGGUGCACGAGGAGCAACCCCUGGUCACCGGCUCCGUGGAGCUCAGCCUGCAGGUCAGCUCCUCUGACCUGCCCCAGCCUCUGCGCAGUGACCGCCCCUGAGCCCGGCGCUCCCUGGCACCCGGGAGCCUGCAGCCCCGUGGCCGUUUGCGUUGUGCAUUUCUCGCGUACGCACAAGAAAGUGUGGUGUGUGCUAA